UCUGCACGGUGGUGGCACCUGAACAGAACCUGUGCUCCAGAGAUGCCAAAGGCAGACAGCUCCGCCAGCUCCUGGAGAAGGUGCAGAACAUGUCGCAGUCAAUUGAGGUUCUGAACCUGCGGACGCAGAGGGACUUUCAGUAUAUCAUGAGGAUGGAGAACCAGAUCAAAGGAUUGCGGUCAAAGUUUCGGCAGAUGGAAUCGGACAGGAAGGCGCUCGUCAACAAAAACUUUCAGGAGCUAAAGGGAAAGAUGGAGUCCCUGCGACCGCUAAUACCGGUCCUGGAGCAAUACAAGGCAGAUGCCAAGGUCAUCUCCCAGUUCAAAGAGGAGAUCAGGAACCUGUCUGCCGUGUUGAUGGGCAUCCAGGAGGAAAUAGGAGCGUACAACUACGAGGAGCUGCAACAGAGGGUCCUACAUCUGGAAAAUCGGCUCCGCAACUGCAUGAGCAAACUCACAUGUGGCAAGCUAAUGAAGAUCACUGGGCCGCUGACUGUGAAAACUUCAGGCACCAGAUUUGGAGCCUGGAUGACCGACCCACAGGCGUCUCCCCAAAACAACAGGGUCUGGUACAUGGACAGCUACACCAACAACAAGAUAGUGAAAGAGUUUAAAUCCAUAGAUGAUUUUGUGGCAGGAGUUGAGUUGAGAACCUACAACCUGCCUUUCAAAUGGGCCGGAACCGACCAUGUGGUGUACAACGGCUCUCUGUACUACAACAAGAUGCAGAGCAACAUCAUCGUGAGGUACAGCUUCGAGACGGGCCGCGUGGUCACCCAGAGGGCCCUGGAGUCCGCGGGGUUCCAUAACGUUUACCCCUACACGUGGGGAGGCUUCUCUGACAUCGACCUGAUGGCGGACGAGCUGGGCCUGUGGGCCGUGUACGCCACCAACCAAAACGCCGGGAACAUAGUCAUCAGCCAGCUGAACCCGGACACGCUCCAGAUCCUCAACACUUGGAACACAGAAUACUCGAAGAGGAAUGCCGGCGAGUCUUUUAUGAUCUGUGGGACGCUCUACAUCACAAACUCCCACCUCACCGGUGCUAAGGUGUACUACGCUUACUCCACUAAAACCUCCACAUACGAGUAUACAGACAUUCCCUUUCACAACCAGUACUUCCACAUGUCUAUGUUGGACUACAAUGCCAGGGAUCGCGCACUCUACGGCUGGAACAAUGGCCACCAAGUCCUUUUUAAUGUUACACUUUUCCACAUCAUCAAAACUGAGGAUGACUCUUAAGUCGUGAAAAUAAGAAAACGUGGAAAAAAUUAAUCGUUCUAUUGAAUGUUCGAAUUAAUGUAUUUAUGUAAUUUCCUCGAUUAUUUUUUGGCAUUUUAUACACUUUCAUUUACAGACAUCGUACAAUUUGCUACUUCAUACGAAGAGUUAACCAAUUAUGACCUUCCCCAUGUGGAUACAUAGCGGUUUCUAUAAAAAAACUUCUCCGCAGCAUCUCCGCCAGGUGUGAACGUAACAACCACUGUCGUAUUUUGAAUAAAUAUGAAACCCACAAUUGGUUUAGAAAGUGUGAGUCACUGUAAGCAUUAGAAGCAUGUAGCCAUAACUGAGCACCCGAAAUAUUAUGCAGUGUGCUGCACCAAAAUGCAAGAUUAACCAUGGACAGGGGUGCACACACAAUGACUCACACACACGCAUACUAAGGUAAUAAUGCACACUCUAUUGAUUGUAUGAUCCUCCUGGCGGGGAUAAUAGAUGGCCGCACAAAAUGUGGAUGUCCAAUAUGAAACAUAUUGCAGGUAACACAUUUUCAAUUUAAUAAUGGCACUUUUAAUCAGCAACUUUUAGAAACACUGAACAUCCUGUAAUUUCUAGUUCCCUUUUCUCUCGAAAAUGAAAGCUUCAUAAUCAUGGUUCUCAUUCAGUAUUGCAAAUAUGCACACCUCUAAUGUCGUCAAAUUGUGACUGUUUACUAAUUGUUUGUUUUGUUUCCAUUCAUUCCUUGACAUUUAUUCAUCAUCAUCUAUUAAUUUAUUCCAGUCUUUCACUUCCUCCAUUUAGCUUUCAACUUAUCAUUGUACCUUUUCUUUCAAAAGAUUUUGCACUUGACCUUUUACAAGACAAUGAGAAAUGUGCAUAAUGCAUCUGUAUAGUUAUUGUACUUGGCUUUCUUGUGUCUAUGAAGAUUCUCAGUCAUCCAGGUCAGAGGAUGUCUUAAAGUACUAAGUCAAAGUAUGUCAGCAAACCGUAAAAAUGGUUUCCCUUAACUUAGUACUUUGAGAAAUUAGCUUUUUUGUAACUUCAGUAACUGCUUGUAUGCCUUAUUCAGUGCAGUACGUUCUGUAAACCUAUGGAUAACAGCUCUCGUGCAUGAAUGUUGGCUAUCCUAAAAGCAUUUACUGUACUGUAACUGUAGAUUUGUG